CGAUAACCUGAGUGUUUUUUCCUUUUGUUUACGAGUAUUUUAUUUUAUUUGUGGAGACGGGAGAUUCAAAUUCAAAUUCACUUUCAGAGGAGAUCCGAGGAGGAAAGCGGUGGAGAUUAGAUACGUUGAGAUAGGGGCAUUCCCGUACUUGUACACUCUCAUUGCCUUCGUCUUUAUUGUUGCCCAACAUAAUAAACAUCCCAAUUCUAUUUCUUUCUUCUUCCCCAUCUCUAAAUCCGUUUUUUUGUGGCCGUUGUGCUCUACACCACUGCAGCAGUCUUGGCUACAAACCUGUGAAAAUCACAGCAACUUGCGAGCUAUCACAAAAGCAACAAAGAGAAAUCUCAACCCCUGCCUUCUUCGUCUAGUUUUUGUGUUUUUUCUUAGACCUGAUUUUCUUGAACACAAAAGUAUCAGUAAGGGAAAUUGGCAUUGCACUGAAGUUAACAUUUGCUACUGUGAGGCGAGCACAGUUCUUUUUGAAAAGUUUGGCUAUGGCAACCAACGAAAAUCUCCCACCGAAUGUGAUCAAACAGUUGGCUAGGGAAUUGAAGAAUCUUGAUGAAACCCCCCCUGAAGGCAUUAAAGUUGUUGUAAAUGAUGAUGACUUUUCUACUAUAUAUGCUGAUAUUGAAGGACCAGCUGGAACUCCGUACGAGAAUGGUAUCUUCCGCAUGAGGUUGAUACUAUCUAAUGAUUUCCCACAUUCACCUCCUAAAGGAUAUUUCCUGACCAAAAUUUUCCAUCCCAAUAUUGCCGCGAACGGUGAGAUUUGUGUAAAUGCUCUGAAAAGGGAUUGGAAUCCAAAUCUUGGCUUAAGGCAUGUGCUCAUGGUGGUCAGAUGUUUACUGAUAGAACCAUUUCCAGAAUCAGCAUUAAAUGAACAGGCUGGGAAGAUGCUUCUUGAUAACUAUGAGGAAUACGCUAAACAUGCAAGGCUAUAUACCGGGGUUCAUGCUAUGAAACCAAAGCAGAAACAAAAAGGUGGGGCCAUCUCUGAAUCAACUACUGCACUGAAUGUUGAACAUAAGACAAAUUCUGCAUCGGUCAUUGUUGAUAAGAAGAGUUCGGGUAUGGGUGUUCCUCUCCAACAACCAUCUUCGCUCGCCCCUUUGUCGAAAGGAGGGAACAGCCUGGACUCACCAGCAAUGCCGGUAGCUGUUGCCCAGAAGAAGGAAGGUGCUGGGUUGGGAAAGGUCCAUCAGGUUGAGAAGAAGAAGAUGGAUGCUAGGAAAAAGAGUUUGAAGAGAUUAUAGAAUUGCUUGCCGUGUUUCCAAAUGGCAGCCUGUUGUCAGUCUUUCUGUUUUACAGUUAGGGGGAAAACUAGUUCCAAUAACAGUUUGGUUUCCUCGCUAUGCAUUGAACUCGUAACAAAUAUUUGUACCAUUAUUCUCCACUUUAAAUGACUUCAAUUUAUUUAAUUUAACUAUCUCUCGACUUGAUCAUUUAGAGUUUUUCACAUUUAUUCGACUACUCAAGAUUGAAUUA